AAUUUAUUUAUAUUUAUUCCAUUAUUUAACACUGACUUUAUUGUUUAAAGUGAAAGGAAAAUAAUAUUAAUUUUUUCAAAACUAAGCUCAAUCUUCCCACGCAUUUGGGAAAGGCGAAUAAACGAGUUUCUAUGGGAAGAUGAGUUUUAUAGAAACUGAUAGAAACAAUUGGCCUCGAGUCAGCAUCGAGUGUGGAUAUCACUUGCUUAUCAAUUAUACAUCUAUUUUUUAAAUCUAAACAUCAACAACAAUUAAGCAAACCAGGUAAAAUGAUUAAAAAAAAAAAAAACUUAACUGGAAUUAAAAAAUUAUUGUUUGUCAAUUUGUCAUAAACAUUGUAAAUAUAAAUUUUCCUUUUUUAAAAAACUAAGGUGUGUGAAGUUAUCAGGUAGCUCAAGGUGGCGUCGUGUAUAUUGAUUCCCACGACUAUGUGUAUUAAUUUUUAUUAAUUUUUUUUCUAUUUUUUUUUCCUACUGUUUUUGCUUCCUCCAACACAAAAAAGCUGACAGCUCAAGAUAUACUAGUCGUCUGUAUGUGUGUGUCAAAGUUAAUCAUUAUAUAGUGUGAUAUCACUUAUCAGUGUGGAGACACAGAAAGAGAGAGAAACACCGGCGUGGUUCUGAAAAUCAUAAUAAUAUUUUACAAAUGCUAAACAAAUAUAUUUGUUAAUAAUAAUAAUAAUAUAUCUAUUUUUUUAUAUAAAAGUGUAGUGUCUAUAAAAUGUUCAAUUAAUUUGGUAAACACAAAAUGUGCGGGAGAUGAUGCCUGGAACUUCACGUCAAUUGACAACUUCCAAUGGGGGUCCUGAAUACGACACCUUGAUGGAGGUACAUCACGAGGAUAUUGAAAAGAAUUAUGAUCUACUUGAAGAAAUUGGCAAAGGUCAAUUUGCUGUUGUACGAAAAUGCGUGGAACUCAAAACAGGUUCUGUUUACGCAGCAAAAAUUAUGAGAAAAAGGCGAGUUGCCAGGGGUGUUGCUGCAGCUGACAUAGCUCGUGAGGCAGGUCUAUUGGCACGUCUACGACAUCCAAAUAUUGUAUCACUAUACAAAGUUAUUGAUACAGGUAAAACAGUUGUUCUUUUAUUGGAAUUAAUAUCUGAUGGUGAAUUAUUUCAUUGGACUCCAUCGAGUGAAGCUGAAGCUGCCCAUGUUGUCAGGCAAGUUUUGAUGGCUCUAAGUCAUUUACACUCUCAUCAAGUUGCUCAUCUUGACAUUAAACCAGAAAAUAUUUUAUUAUCAUCACCUCCACCUAUGCCAAGCAUUAAAUUAAUAGAUUUAGGAUUAUCUCAUCGUUUGGUGCCUGGUUCUGAUUUACGUGCAUUAUUUGGUACACCAGAAUUUGUUGCACCUGAAAUUGUUAAUUAUGAACCAUUGAGUUUAGGAACUGAUCUUUGGGCUGUUGGAGUAUUGACAUAUAUAUUAUUAAGUGGUGCAUCACCAUUUCUUGGUGAAGAUAAACAAGAAACAUAUGCUAAUGUUGCAGCUUGUCAAUAUCAAUUUGAUGAUGAAUUUUUUGGUAAUGUCAGUGAAGUUGCCAAGGAUUUUAUACAUUCAUUAUUGGUUAAAGAUCCAAAGGAACGAGGAAGUGCUGAUUCGUGCCUUAAACAUCCUUGGAUCCUCACGGAUACUGAAUCUUCUCAGGAUCUUAGUGGAGCAAUGAUGAGUGCUGUAAAACGUGGCUGUAUUCAAGCAGUAUCGCAAUUAUUACGUCAAGGUGCAUCAUUGGAUAUCAAGGACUCUAAAGAAGAUAGUCUAUUGCAUAUAUCAUGUGCAUCAGGUGACGAAUCAAUGACAUCAUUGCUCAUUGAAAAUGGUGUAGAUCUUGAUAUAUCAAAUGAAAAAGGACAAACACCACUUCAUAUUGCUGCAAGAUAUGGUCAUAUUAAUAUUGUACGUUUACUAUGUUUAUCUGGCUGUGAUGUUGAUAAAACAAAUCGUGGAAUUCGUGCUGAUGUUACAGCAAUAAAAUAUGGUCAUAUUGAUAUUGCAAAUUUACUUGAUAGACUUAGAAAUAUUAAUCAACGUGAUAAUUAUAUAAAACAAUUACAACCAAGUCAUAAAAUUAUUGAUCGUUUACAUAUACGUUUAUUGGGACAUUGUGCAAGUGGUAAAACAUCAUUAAUAAAUUCAUUAAAAACAGGUAUAUUUAAUUUUGGAUUUUUUCGAAGAUCAAAAAGUCAAAAUUAUACAUGUAAAAGAGAACCAAGUAUUGAGCUUGAUGUUACAAAUAAACAUGGAUCAUUAAGUUUUGAAUAUAGUGAUAAUGAGUAUGAGGGUACUGUUGGUGUUGAAUGGAGUCGUGGUAAUGUUGGUGGUGAAUGUGUAUUUUGGGAAUUAUGUGGUAGAGAAGAUUUUCUUGCAUCUUAUCAUCAUGUUUUAACAUUUAAUUUACCAGCUGUACAUUUAAUAACAAUUAGUCUGAGAGAACCAUUGACUGUACAACUACAGCAAGCACGUUUUUGGCUACGUUUUAUUAUGGAUAGAAUACCACCAAAAAACAUUGGUUUUGCUGGUAAAUGUCAAGAUAUUAAAGUUAUACUUGUUGGUACAUAUGCACCAGAACCACAAAAUCCAAAUUUAAAUAGUAAUUCAAAUUUUCUUGCUCCAUUAUUACCAUUUUUAAAACAAUUUACACCAAUUCUUGGUGAUGAGCCACAAAUGGUUGCACUUGAUGCAACAAAUUCAGCUAAUCCUGGAGUUAAACAACUGAGAUCUUUAUUGACAAAUGCACGUACUGAAUUUCUUGAGGGUGCAAUUAUGUGGACACCAUUAUUAGAAUCAUGGAGAAGUCAUGUACAAGGAAUUGAAGAUCCACCAGUUUUAAUGACAAUUGAUGAAUUAUUAAAUGAAGUUCGAAGAUAUUUAAAUCCUUUAGUAACAAUGGAACAUAUAAUAUAUUUGGCACAACAACUUCAAGCACUUGGUGAAUCAAUAUUACUUAAUGAUAAUUUAAUUGUAUUAAGUCCAGAAUGGCUUUGGCGUGAUGUUAUAAGUUGGCAAUUAAAUCCAGAACAACGUGGUAGAUUAGGUGGUCGUACAACUGGUGUAUAUGGAAUUGAAGAUUUUCAAUCAAGAUGUCCAUGUCCAGCAAGUCAAGCAUUACAAGUAUUACAAGCAACAAAUUUUUGUAUACCUUGUGAAGUUGAUAUUGAUGAAAUUGAAUAUGAAAUACCAUGUUUAAAUUUAGUUGAACGUUUACAAGGUUUAUGGGAACCAUGGAAACAAUGUCAAGUUAAUUUACCACAUUGUGGUUUACGUUUAUUUACUGAAGAAGCAUCAAUGUAUCAUUUAACACCAAUAUUUCCACAUUUACAAAUACAAUUACGUAAAAUAACACAAACAUGGGAUCCACGUGAUUCAGAUUUAUAUCAAUGGUGGAGAGGAUCAAAAUUAUGUAUUGGUCCAUGUGAAAGUAUAAUAACACUUGAAGAAGAAGAUCAAGGAUAUAUUGAAAUACGUGUAAGAGGACCAAAAGGAACUGGAGGACAAUGUUUUGAAUUAUUAAGUGUUAUAUUUGAUGCUAUUGAUACAACUAUUGAUCAAGUUGCACCUGCUUUACUUCUUGAAAAACAUUGGCUAAGUCCAAGUCAAUUAGCUGAUUAUGAUGAUAUUAUACAUUCUUGGAAACCAUCACAGUUACUUACAGCACUUAUUGAUCAAGGAUUUGAUGAAGUUAAAUUUAAAAAUCCUUUCAAUGGACGUUUAGAGAGUGUUUGGGAUAUUGUUGGUUGUGGAGCAACUGUUAUGGAAAAUUGUAUUACUGGAACAUUACAACCAGUUAAACUUAUCAAGCCAGGAGUUAAAAGAAGACUUGCUCAAAUGCUUGAUCCACCUGAUCCACAUGGUAAAGAUUGGUGUUUAUUGGCUGUUAGACUUGGAUUAGGAGAUCGUGUUGCUAAUCUUGAUAGUACUAUUGAUAGUCCAACUUUAAGAUUAUUGUCUUGUGCCGGAUCUGGAUGUACAGUUGGCUCACUUGUGAAGCAACUUCGUGCACUUGGUCGUGACGAUGCCGUCCAUUUGUUGCUAUCACAUACUUCUGUUUUUUUAUUGUCAGUGUCAAUUGAUUCAGAAACUGGCUCACAUUUAUCAAGAUGACGAUGCUGUAAUCAUCGACGAUGGAUAAAUACUUUUUAAAUAUAAAAAUUCAGCUAAACAGGGUGAUUGAUUUGUAAAUAUUUUGUUUAUCUGGUUCAUAUAUUUUUUUUUUUUGUCUAGUUUAUUAGUUACAUUAUUUUUUUUUAAUUGACAAUGAAUUUUAACACCAAUUAUUUAUGCCACAAAGUACUUAUCAGUUUUAUUUCUAAUUAUUGUUAAGGUAUCAAAAGUAUACAAUCGAACAUUUAAACAAAAAAAAAAAUAAUUACCAACAUGCGUUAAAUAAUGUUUUUAAAUGAAAUCUAAAGACUGCAUGAACCAAUUAAUUAUUGUGUUAUAUUUUAAAUUAUUUAUAUGAGUGAGCAUUAUAACAAAAAAAAAAAACAAAAAUAUUCACUUGCCAUUUACCAAUUUCGAAAAAAAAAAAAACAAUUUUUCAAUAUAAAAAAAAAAGCAAAAAAAAAAAACAAAUAAAUGUUUUUUUAUAAAAUAUAUAUUUAAUUGUAGAAUUUGCACAUUUUACGCUUAUGAGCUUUUAAACACCGAGUGAUUAUUUUAAUCUUUUUGUGAACGAAAAAAAAAAAAACAGCGUUCGAUAAAAAUAUUUAGAUAAAAUUAUUAUUUAUU